AUGACGCGAUUAGGAAUAACGGCAAAGUUGGAUUGCACAAAACAGGUUGUAAAUGUAAACCCUGUUAAUAACAUUUCAGUAAAUGUACGUUCUCCAUCACAAAUUCAAAGAGGUGAAAAUCCAAAAAAUGAAGUACAACAUGACCCGGUAUAUCCACCACCGGAAAACCCUUCGGGUUCAGUGGGAUUUCAUCCCGAAGCUUACAUAACUCCUACGGAGGAUAAUAUUAAGUAUCUGACAGUAAGAAAUGAAGAGUUAGUGGAUAGAUGCAAGGCGUUGGGAAUUAUUAUCGACAUGUUUAAACAUAACCCUAUAUACAUAAACUCAUUACUGUUAGUCGAUGACGAAAAACUUUCUGAAUUAAUUAAAUUAUUAACUCAUGCUGAUAGGGUAGAUAUUGACGCUGAAGAAUUAGGUGAAGGAUGUCUAUGCGGUGCUCAGGAAUACAGAAAGGUUAACGCCAUUUACGUUAUCAAAGAUGAUAGAACGUUUAACCUUAAAUAUGAUUUCCCAGAUGUUAUGAAGGAGUUAAAGGAAAUCGGAAUUAAUACAAAAAUAAUAUGGUGA